CGAACUGAGGAAGGACACACAAAGACAUUUUGCCGUUCUAGAAGGCUGACGUCAUCAGAACGUAGCGAGAGUGCAGCGUACAGCAAGACAUUGUGAAAUGUGAACGGCCACCCACUGCCUGCUUUCCGAGCUCCUACUAAUUUACUUGAAAGUGGUGGCUACAAACAGUUACUGCACUGAUUUCUGUCAUACAUGUUGAAUUGCUAACUGCGCAGAAUUUUCUUUGUGAAUUUUGGAGAUAUAUUCCCAAUGCUUAUUGUUUCGACGAACAUUAGUGAAACCUUCACAAUGGCAGAGUCUGCAACGAACAUAGAUGAUUUGGAAGACGGAGAGAUUGAAAGCGACGGGGAAGAUGCAGUUGAAGCACAGAAUGAAAACAAAAAAGAAGAUAUCACUGUUCCAGAAGAAAAACCACAAGAACAGCAACAAGACCACUAUUAUUCAAAGUCAGGUAAGAAAAAGAAGUCUAAAUCAAAAGGUGAACAAAAGUUUAAAGAUAAAAAUAAGAAGAAUCGAAAAUAUUCUAAUCUUCAUGAAGACGAUUUCGCCGGAAACAUAGAAAAAGCGAUAAGAAAGGCUAUGAACAAAUCUGAUGAAGGAGAUGUUCACCAUGACGAUGGCUUUGAUGACCGAAGAAAACACAAGAAAAGAAAGAAAUAUGACGGCAAAGACGGUCCAGGUAAAAAACGUAAGAAGCAAGAGUAUUCAGAAGAAAUGGAUGAAAGUGAAAUGAUGUGUAUAAGGGGAGCAUCUCCUGUUCAACGACAUUCUCCUUCAGAGAUGUAUCCGGAAGAUGAAAAAGACUCGUACGCCUCUGAUAGUAGUGCUGAUUCUCGUAAUCGUGAACAACAUCAUCGUCCUCAGAGGCACAGGCCACAACAGCGUGAUCGAAACAAGAACAAUAAAAAUGAGUGGAGAAGAGGAGGAGGGUCACAUCCUAUGCAAGAUCCUGAUGGCGUAUGUUUGUACUACAUGCAAGGAAAGUGCCAUAAAGGUGAUGAUUGCAUUUAUUCUCAUGAUGCACAGCCUCCUCGUAAAAUGGAGCUGUGUAAAUUUUAUUUAAUGGACUGUUGCGCAAAAAGAGAUAAGUGUCUGUAUAUGCAUGCAGAUUUUCCAUGUAAAUAUUAUCAUACUGGUCUUCCUUGCAUAUACAAAGAUGACUGUAAGUUUGCGCACGGUAAACCAUUGACUGAAAAUUUAAAGAACAUUCUUUUAAAACAUAUAGAAUCUGCCCCUAAAGAAAUUUUAGGAGAUUUUCCCAGGUUGAAUAGAGAGGGCGCUCUUAAAAUGAUACAGACUACUCAGGCAAAAUUGGUGCAACAAUAUUCUGAAAAUUCAGAUAUCCAAGGUAUUCCAUCUCUCUUUGAACUAAAUAUACCUAAUCCACAAAAUGAAAAUUCUUUGGUUAAUCAGUUUGGCAACGAUAGACAACCUAAGGUAUCACCAAAAGUGAGGCAUUCACGAUGGCAAAAUGAUAAUUCUAAUCAAAAUUUUAAUGCUAAUUUAUCAUCAGGUGGCAACGCGAUCUCCACAAACGUCUUAUGUAUCAAGAAUCUAACAGGAGUUUUGACACCUCGACAAAUUUCGGAUCUAACUAAAAUGGGAAUCGAAACAUUAGAUCAGUUAGGCCAGUUAACUGUAUUACAAUUAAAUAGUAUUGGAAUAUCUUUGAAGCAGAUAACUGAAAUACAAAUGAAUACGAUGAGCAUACAAAAAUUAGGUCUCAUUAACGCUAACAAUGAACAACAGCCACUUAUAAGUACUCCUACAGGAAGUAAAGAUUUAGAUUUAAGAGUGCCGCCGCCUGCCGUAACCAUGUCCAGUAAUGCAGCAUUAUCGUCCGAACUGCCUGGUCAGGACAUAGACAUGCGCUUUCAACCGUCGGUGACACUUCCAAUCAGUGAAGAAUCUUCCUCAAAUAAAGUUAUUAAACAUGAUUCGCAUCCUAACAGGGAUAUGAUAGAUAUAGAUCAGUACACAAAAGAUGCGCUAAAGUUUGCAAUCAAAGAUAAGGAAAAUAUUGACAUUUCUAAUGAGACUUUUGAUAACGAUACGAAGUCUCUUAUUUCAAAUGAAACGAAAGAUGUUGACCACAGAGUUCUUCCGUUUUCCGAUGAACCGAAAACAGCAGUGCCCAUUAAUGAUAAUAAUUCCGUGAAAAAGGAAUGUGAUACGGAUAUCAGAUUUCUUCAACCUGAACCAAUAUUCAAAAGUCCCGACAAAAGACACCGUCGCUCAACUACAGAUGAUGACGAAGAAAGCAAUUUGUUGAUUGAUGAAAAAUGGUAUUCUAGCGACGAAGAGAAAGGAAGUAAAAGGAAGUCGCCAGUUUCUUCCCCGCGACCAGCAUCUAUGUCACCGCAGCAACCUGUGCCUCCUAUCAUAGAACCAUCUUCCGUCUUAAGUAAGCUUGGUGAUCUGUCUAAAAUAGACAUUAGCGAAGAAGUUACAAAACUAUUAAAUACAAUGAAAAACAAUUUGCAUGAAAAUAAGUCUGAAACUAUAUCUGAACCGACUGACCCUCGUAAAUCAAGGGAUCCUCGAUCCAAAAGGUCUCCAGACAAAGUUAGCGACAGUACUAAGGUAAUCAAUAAAAAACCUCGAGUUUCAAUUUAUGAAUGUAUCGAAGGAGAACCCACAGACGGGCGUCGGCGAACUGAUGUGGAUUUACGGAAACCUGAAUUUCCUGCUUUUGGAGAUACAGACUUACGGCAAAGUACAAGUGGUGAUAUUGAUUUUCGUUUAGGUUUGCCUUUCAAAGCUAUACCUAAUUAUACUCCAGCUUCAGAAAUAAAUGGGUCUAUAAAUAGCCACCCCCCAAUUCCGUAUAAAUUAUUCCCGAUAGAAAUACCACGGCCGGACUACACAGAUAUCAGAAAUAGUACAGCCAAAUCACAAGCUCUCCUAGAUCCAAGAUUAAGGAAAGUAUUUAGGCUUUCUGUGGAUGAAUCCAACAGUGACAGUGAAAAACCAUCAAAACCCGUGUCUACAGGACCACGAGUGGAUCCCCGAAGGAAACAAACAGAAAAUGAUAGCCUAGAUCAGAAAUCCCCCCCAUUAGAUAUACAAACUAUUUUACAAAAUUCGAACUGGUUUAAAGAGUUAAGUUCCACUCAAAAGAUUAGUGUAAAUCAACAUUUGAUGCCUGUAAUGCAGAUGAUCAAACAACAUCUACAGGAAAAAUCUUCUGGUAAAAAAUUUGACUUGACGGCUAUACAAUCUAACACCGUAUUAUGUAGUAUUUUUACUAAUUUAGGCGUUUCACUGGGCGACAAUGGCGAGUUUUCGUAUUUGCCCAAACCUAAAGAAGCUUUGUUAAAAACUCCAAUUAGUUAUAGUCAGUCUCCUUUUGGUAUGGAUGCGAAUAAUAUGAAUAUGAUGAACAUGCCUUCAAUGGGAGUACCAAGUGUUGGGGGCAUGAAUAAUAUGAAUGUAGGCAAUAUGCACGGUUAUAACCAAUCUAUGCCGGAUCCUAGAGGUGGACCUACCCCGGGUUUGUUGGGUAUAGCACCCAAUAUUCCACACAAUUUUAACAAUUUUGGCCCUAAUAAUUUUGGAAAUAUGGGUUUUAAUGGUCCUAAUCCAGGCAAUAACUUUAACUAUAUGGACGGGGAGCAAAACAUGCAGAGGUUCCCGAAUCGCGGAGGACACCGCGGCCGAGGAAACGACCGGUGGAAUAGAGGAGGUUCCGGGAGAGGGCAUAGAGACAGAAAAAAUUUCAACGAUAGAGGCAAUUGGAAAAAUGAAAGGCAUUAAUUUUGUGUAGGUGCAGUUUAGUAAUAUAGUUGUUCAAUAAUUAUUUUUAACGUAACAAUAAUCCUUCCACAUGAUACAUUAUGUGAUUAAGGUGAUAUAUUAAUGACAACCUUGAGUAGGAACAGCUCCUUUAAACAUAUAUAAAGUAGGUAAAGAUAUAAGAUUUUUUUCUGUACAAAAGCGUAGUGUAAAUAUAAGAUUUUUACAUAUAAUAGAAUUUAUCAUGUAAGUCGAAUGUCAGUAAAAUUGUAAAUUAUUGAAAUAUGAGGUACUCAUAAGAGCCAAAUAUUUUGAGACUGAGUGAAUGUAUGUCAUUGAGAUUGUUGUGCGAUUUACAAAACUGAUUACCUAUGAUGCGAUUGUGUUAUUGAUUUGGUUGAAAUGGUUUUAUUUUUGAUAUCGUUCUGUUAGUUUCAGCUGUCAUCGAUGUUAUUGUUAUAAUUAAGAAUAAACAUAUUUGGUGAAAGUGUAUCACGAAUACUCAGUAGUACGAAUGAAAGCAAUAAUAGAUAUGUAUAUAAGUCAUCUUCCUGCAACUCGUUGUAUUUUAACACUUAGUAUAUAUUUGGCUAAUUUGUAAUAAGUAGUAACUAUGAAAGAGCCUAUUCAACUUUAAAAUAAAUCUAUGUUUAUAUUACAAUA